CUACUGCAAAGUUAAAGCAAAUAUUUACAACAAGGUUAAAGGCUAGUUUUGUUAUAAUAAUCAUUUUUUUAAGAAUGGCCGGUGCUGUUAAGAAAUGCACCAACCUUACUGGUUUGGCCGUUUCUAAAAACCCACAUCGAGUAUUGACGAGCUAUUACAAUAAAAUAUUACGUGCUUUGGAGAAUAUUCCAAAAGAUUCAGCAUACCGUGUGCACACCGCAAAACUUGUGGAAGAACGACUUGCUGUUGUCCAAACAGAACCUGAUGUUUUGAAAAUGGAAGAAAAGAUAAACGGUGGUCAAGCAGAAGAACUCAUCCUUCAGGCUGAGAAAGAACUGACAUUAGCGAGAAAAAUGAUUUCCUGGAAACCAUGGCAACCUUUAGAGACUGAGGCACCUACCAACCAAUGGAAAUGGCCUCUAUAAGUGUAACUGAUAUAUAUAAAGUAAUAUCAAUAUAAUGCUUAAUGUUCUGAAUACCUAAGAUAUGCUAAAUGGUUGUAGAUGAAUAAAAGUUAUUGAAUAUUGUUA